CCUGGUCCCGAGGCACCGUCCUGGAUUCAGCCAUAUUCCCGACUGAUCCGCCUCACCGGCAGGUUCGCCUGCGGAGUGUACUGGUCCAUCCGAGCGCUACCAAGGGGAACCGUGGACGGUUUGUCCUGCUUUUCAGUCCGGGUCCAGAACCAAAUUUGGACUUGGAACCAGUCCAGUUGACAUGGACGCUGUGACCCACAUUCCGCCUUUUGAGUCGAAAGUCCAGAACCAUCGGGAUUAACGGCGAGCAGAGCACGCAAGGCCCGCGGGCGAAGGCCGGUGAAACCGCGUCCCCACCUGUACCGGUUCUACAUGUCCGCCCGCCGUUCCAGGAGCCGCCUAGGCUAACGCGACGUUAGCAGGACGCCACCGGAAACGGGCUAGCUAUUCGACUGCUCCUCAGACCGUGAGCCUCGUUGGUUGCGAUACCAGGCAGGAUGGCCGCCCAAGUUCGGCUCAAGCGGCUGGAUGAACUUGUGCUGAACCACAAGGACCGGCUAAGCGUGGAGACUCUGCUGGACCUGCUGAUCUGCGUCCACACCGAGUUCUCCAGCUCUGCCAUGAAGAGGGAGAAACACGUUUCUGACUUCCUGAAGUGGGUUGGUCCAUUCACAUCGGUUCUGAAGAACCUGCGGUUGCACCGAGAUGACUUUGAGAUGUUGAAGGUGAUUGGACGAGGCGCCUUCGGAGAGGUUGCUGUCGUGAAGAUGAAACAGACAGAACAAGUUUAUGCCAUGAAGAUUCUCAACAAGUGGGAGAUGUUGAAGCGGGCAGAGACUGCUUGUUUCCGAGAAGAACGUGAUGUCCUGGUGAACGGAGAUUCUCAGUGGAUGACAACGCUACACUAUGCUUUCCAGGACGACAAUCACCUGUACUUGGUGAUGGACUACUACGUGGGUGGAGACUUGUUGACACUGCUCAGCAGGUUUGAGGACCGACUCCCAGAGGAAAUGUCCAAGUUCUAUGUGGCUGAGAUGGUUCUGGCCAUCCAUUCAGUCCACCAGCACCACUACGUCCACAGAGACAUCAAACCUGACAAUGUCCUUCUGGACCUCAAUGGUCACAUCCGACUUGCUGACUUUGGAUCGUGUUUACGUCUCAUGGAGGAUGGCACGGUCCAGUCUUCAGUAGCUGUUGGGACCCCAGACUAUAUUUCUCCAGAAAUCCUGCAGGCAAUGGAGGAUGGAUUUGGCCGCUAUGGUCCAGAGUGUGACUGGUGGUCUCUUGGGGUCUGCGUGUAUGAGAUGUUAUUUGGAGAAACGCCGUUUUACGCAGAGUCCUUGGUGGAAACGUAUGGGAAGAUCAUGAACCAUGAGGAGCGACUUCAAUUCCCAUCCCAUGUCAGUGACGUCUCUGAGGAAGCCAGGGACUUGAUACAGCGGCUGCUCUGUUCCCGAGACCGAAGACUAGGCGCCAAUGGGAUCCAGGACUUUAAGGAGCAUCCUUUCUUCUGUGGCAUCGACUGGGACAACAUCCGAUCUACCCAGGCUCCCUAUGUCCCAGAUGUGUCCUCACCCACAGACACUUCAAACUUUGAUGUUGAUGAUGACAACCUGAAAAACUUGGAAGUGGGUCCACCAGGUCACUCUGCGUUCAGCGGUCAGAACUUUCCUUUUGUGGGCUUCACCUACACUACGGACAGCUGUUUGUCAGACCUUGGCUCACUAAGACCUGGGAACUGGCAAGACAAGGAUGGAGCUGAGCGACAGGAUGUGGAGGACUUCAAGAAAAGAAUUCAUUACCUGGAGGAGGAGAACCGCAAACUAAAGCACCGAUUGGAAGAGUCUGAUGGAAGUUCAGGUCUUCAAGAAAUAAAUAAACUGAACGAAGAAAUCGAUCGACUGAAGAAAAAGAUUGCAGACUCUGAUUGGCUCCAGCAUCAGCUGGAGGAAGCAGUCUCUCUGAGACAAGACAGUGAAAGUGCUGUCUCUAAGGUCCAGAGUCUAGAGAGACAAGUGAAGAGCCUGAGACAAGACAAGGACAAUGUCCACAAGCAACUCUCUGAGACUCUGGAGCUCUUCCGCUCACAAUCUCAGGAGCUCAAGGACGUCCAGUCUCAGAGGAGGUCUGCUCUUCGCGAACUGUCUGAGGUGUCUGAGCGCAUGUCAGAAGUACGCUCUUCCAAACAGCGUCUAUCCCGUCAGUUGCGUGACAAGGAGGAGGAAGUUGAUGCACUCCUGCAAAAGAUGGACACCAUGAAACAGGAGGUGCGCCGGACGGACAAGAUCCACAAGGAGGUGGAUGCUCGACUGCAGGAAGUGUUGGCGGAAGCAUCGAAGGACAGAAAGCUGCGUGAGCACAGUGAUGCGUAUGCCAAACGUCUGGAGGCUGAGCUUGAGAGCCUGAAGCGAGGAAUGCCCGGGUUAGGGGCCGAGUCCCAGCAAGAGUUGUCCUUGUUGAAGGCAGAGCUUGAUAAGAAGGCAGUUUUCUAUGAGGAGGAGCUUCUCAGGAGAGACUCGCUCAACAGAGCUGAGGUCCAGAACCUGAAAAAGAACCUGCUGGACUCUGAAGGGGCUCACCUGUCCAUGAAACAAGAGCUGAUGCUUCUGCGCGAAAAGUCUGAUCAGGACAAACGGCUGAGAGUUGACAUGGACGACAUGAUCCUGGAUCUGAAGAAGAAACUUGAAAGAGAGAAAAAGCUCCUGACGGAGGAAAACCUUAAACUGGCGUCCAAAGUUGAAAAGUUGUCCUCAUUCGUGGACAAACUGACGUCUCAGAAUUGUGAGCUGCAGACGGAACUCCGGGAUCUCUCCGCUAAAAAGGAAGGAGUUGCUCACUGGGAAGCUCAGAUUGCCGAAAUUAUCCAGUGGGUCAGUGACGAGAAGGACGCGCGAGGUUACCUGCAGUCUCUCACCACCAAGAUGACGGAGGAACUGGAGACACUCAGGAACUCCAACCAGACCAGACCCGUGGAUCCUCUGUGGAAAGUCAGGCGUAGUCAGAAGUUGGAUAUGUCGGCACGUCUGGAGCUCCAGUCUGCGCUGGAUGCUGAGAUCCGAGCCAAACAGCUGAUUCUCGAAGAAGUUAGAAAACUCAAAUCUUCCAAUGUGUCUCUGGAGAGCAAGCUGAGGGAGAGCGAGGACAGGCGGAGGCAGAUGGGCGAGCAGUUGGACACGCUGAAAAAGGACAUUGAGGAUGACAAAGCAGGUCUCAAGUUUCAAGAACUGGAAGACUCCAUCUUUGAAUACUUUAACACGUCCCCGCUUGAUCCCGAUCUUUCAUUCAAGACGAGCUAUGAUUUAGACUCUCAGAAAGAGGAAACCCCAUCUCCCACGGAACCUGAGGCGAGUCUCCAUGACUUUGAUCUCACCGACUGCACUUGGACCUCUGUUUUCACCUUGUCCCGUCUCUCUCCACAGGAAGUGAAGUGCACCAGCCCCUCCCCUACUGCCCAGUCCACCAUCCUAACACAGAACCAUCAACUGAACAUGAAAAACUUCAAGACUCCAGUCCAGUGCUUUUACUGCAGUUCAGUCAUGACCGGUCUGAUGAGACAGGGCUUCUGCUGUGAAGUCUGUCCCUUUGUGUGCCAUGUGACCUGCAAAGACCACGCCCCGCAGGUUUGUCCAAUUCCAGGAGACCAGGCCAAAAGACCUCUGGGUGUGGAUGUUCAGAGGGGAAGAGGAACGGCCUACAAAGGCUAUGUCAGGGUGCCCAAGCCCAGCGGGGUGAAGAAGGGCUGGCAGCGGGCGUACGCCGUGGUGUCCGACUGUCGGCUCUUCUUGUACGAUGUCCAGGAGGGAAAGUCCACGCAACCGGGCUCAGCUGCCAGUCUGGUCUUGGACCUCAGGGACGAGGGAUUCUCAGUCAGCUCAGUUUUGGCUUCGGAUGUGAUUCAUGCCACACGGAAAGACAUUCCCUGCAUCUUCAGGGUGACGGCCUCAGCAUCCUGCUCGCCGCUCUGCUCCACGUCUCUGCUGGUUCUGGCAGAGAGCGAGCAAGAGAAGAGGAAGUGGGUGCGGAUCUUGGAAGGCCUUCUGAACAUCGUGAGCCAGAACGCUCUGAAGAUCCAGACCGUGCACGUUCCACAUGAAGCAUACGACUCCUCUUUACCCAUCAUAAAGGCCACCCAGUCCGCUGCUGUCCUGGAUCGGGAGAGGAUUGCUCUGGGGACUGAUGACGGACUGUUUGUGGUGGAGGUGACCAGAGACGUCAUCGUGCGAGCGUCGGACAUUAAGAAGGUUCAUCAGAUUGAUUUGAUUCCGAAAGAGAAGAUGGUCGCGCUGCUGUGUGGCUCUCGGAACCGUCAGGUGCACCUGCAAUCCUGGGCAGUUCUGGAGGGAGGGGAGUCCAGCUUUGACCUGAAGCUGACUGAAACUAAAGGCUGCCAGGUUCUGACCACAGGAGUCCUCUGGCCUGGAGGUCCCGCUUGUCUUCUGGCGGCCAUUAAACGCCAGGUUUUGUGCUUUGAGAUCACCCAUGUGAAACCCCACCACAAGAAGCUGUGGGAAGUGCAGGCUCCAGGCCAAGUCCAGUGGAUGGGGAUGGUUCGGGAGCGACUGUGCAUCGGCUACCCUUCUGGGUUUGCUCUGUUGGCACUUCAGGGGGAGUCCUCACCCAUCAGCCUGGUGAACCCUGCUGACCCGUCCCUGGCCUUCCUGGCCCAGCAGCCCCUGGAUGCCCUGCACGCCUGUGAGGUGGGGACCAGCCAGGUUCUGCUGUGCUUCAGUUUGCUGGGCGUCUACGUGGACGGACAGGGGCGGCGCUCUCGCACGCUGGAGAUGAUGUGGCCUGCCUUGCCACUUGCCUGCUGCUCCAACUCCACUCACCUUUCUGUUUACACGGAGUACGGAGUUGACGUGUUUGAUAUUCACUCCGCCGACUGGGUGCAGACCAUUCCCAUCCGCAAGAUCAGACCCUUGAAUGUUGAAGGAACUCUGAAUCUCAUCAGUUCAGAGCUUCCUCGACUGGUUUUCUUCAAAAACUCCUCCUCAGAGGGCGCUCUCACUAUUCCAGAAACUUCGGACCAAAGCAGGAGGUUGAUGGUCCGAACUCGCAGCAAAAGGAAGUUCUUAUUUAAAGUUCCGGAAGAAGAACGCCUUCAGCAACGGAGAGAGAUGCUGAGAGAUCCAGAGUUAAGGUCCAAGAUGAUCUCAAAUCCAACCAACUUCAACCACGUGGCUCACAUGGGCCCAGGAGAUGGGAUGCAGGUUCUUAUGGACCUACCUCUGGAUGACUCCCUCAAAGAUCGGCCACGCCCACUUUCCAGCAUCUCCAGGCAGAACAGAAGCAAGUCUCACAUCAGUCGCACAGCGUCAGAUUUCGCGGCUGGGGCUUCUUCUCGAGGCGUGUCUGACCUGGACCCAGACCUGGAUCGAGAGGUGAGAGUCCGCAGCCGGGUGACGUUGACAAUGAUGACCAAUAAUGAAUGUCGUAUUUUUCAGCCGGACUCCAGCUCCAACCCCAGCAGCCCCCCGAGUCCCAACUCCCCGCAUCGGAGCCAGCUGACCCUUCAGAGCGAGCCCUGAGGGCCGCUCCACAGACUUGGAUUUUACUUUAGGGAUUUUAUGUGUGACGCUACGCUCCCUGCUUUUUUACGCUGCCUUGCACACGGGUCGAUCACGUGACUCUGGAACCGGGACCAACCUGCUGGAGCCCACACUGGUUAGCAUCCCAGUGACUCUCUGCAUUUAUUCAGGUGGAUCCAAGGGUUGACACCCCAUCCUCAACACAGAUUCUUUAUGACCACGUUUCAUUAAAAACAGUCUUCUGCGUCUUGACACGCCCACCCCCAGGUGUCCUGGACUUUCUUUCCCGUGUGUCGUGUCAGUUCUUCCAGCGAAGUUGCUAGAAGACAAAGACAGAGCAAAGUGUGCGGUCAAAUCACUCGUUUCAUAGCACAGGGUGCUGUUUGCUGGUGGUGAAACAAAGACAGAAAAACAGAAGACACACGUGGUGCGUGUCAGUGACACGGUGGCGCUGUGAGCAGGCGCGAGAGACGUCUGCAGCACCUCUCACUUCUGUUUCAGUCUAUCCAUCACAACCCAUCCUGAAGUGAGGCCUGAGCAGUGGUGCCCGCAGAGGGCGAUGGAACCCCACCCCACACGAACACAUGAUGUGGCCGGUGGCAGAGGAGGAUGCAGGAUGGCAGCCAUUUUCUAGUCUUGUGAAUAGUCUUGUCAAAGCAGCAUGUCCAUUGAGACGCCACAGUUUAUUUAAAGCAAUAUUUCAAUUCUUAUUCUGGACGCACUGUCUCAGUCAGUGUUAAGGAGAUGCAGGACAUUGUCCUGAGGGACAUCAGUGAAACUUGUGAAUCAAUAAAAAGGUUUCC